CCACAAUUACAAAUUUUUUUAAAAAAAGGAACUGCUCGAAUGCACGGAUUCGGUAAAUGUUAAAUUUGAUAGGGACAAAUUAUGACAAGAAAUGUCGCUUUCUAUACAGAAAACGAAAAGAUUGGUAGCGUGAUAUCACGCUUGUCAAUGAAAACUGUGUUAAAUCCUAUUGCUCAUCUGCAACCAAUCAAAUGAAUCCUGCCCCUUGACAGAAAACAAUAUGCAACUUUAUGGUGCCGACAAAGAUAGAAAAAAGCCCAUAUUUAGUAUUUGUUAUGCUUAGAAAAACUAUGACUGCUGCAUUUAAUAUUCAUAAUUUGCCUGUUGAAAUAAUAGAAUUGAUCGCUUUCUACACGACCAAGCAAGACCUGUUACAAGUCUUGCGGGUCUCCAAAGCCUGGUAUCAUUAUUUUCAUGCCUUUCUCUAUCAGUCAAUCACAAUAGAUACAGUAAAAAGGCAACAUACACUAUUGAAACAUUUUCAGACAUGUCAAACGUCCCGUUAUCAUGUUCGCCAACUGGAAUUAAAGCACAUUCAACUUACUGCAGACGAUGUUUCUGCUCUAACAGUUGCCUUUCCACAUAUUGAUAGUUUGGUAAUUCACUGGAGCAUUUGGGACUCGCUGUUAAAUCAAAUGUACCAUUCUCCUUACGAAAAACAACAUGAAAGGUCAUCUAUUGCUGUUUCUGCCGAUGCAAAUUCGCUCUUUAAUCAUAUACAUCCUUCACAGGGUUUGGCGCCUAUUUUACGGCACUUCUUUCAAUUUUAUGGUUCGAAAAACUUGAAGCAUUUGACUUUGGAUACCUCUCCACAUUGUGUGCCUAACUAUACUGAUAACAAUUCAAUGAGUAAUUUGGCAACAAUAACAACAACUCAUGUGAAUACAUCUUCUGUGGAUGUCUGGUUUAUACUUCAGCUAUGCCCACGAUUGAAGACGCUAAAUUUACGAAAUUUAAACUACGAACAUCUGAUCUGUAUGGGCUAUCUCGAAGUUAUCCACCAGUACUGUCCCCUAUUGACAUCACUUUCUAUCAAAUGUGCGCGAUGUGACGCCAGUCCACACUUGCUUCCACAGUACAAUGACAGCCGUAAUGAGGAAGACAUCGCUGUUAAUAACUAUAGUAGAAUUGAUAUUCAGCCUAGCAUUCUUGAAUCGUUCACUCUGUCUUCUAAAGCAGGAUGUGCUAAAUGGGCCAGUUGGCUACCUUAUUUUGCAGUCAAAUAUCCUCAUUUGCAACAUCUCAUGUUUAAGCAUCGUGGGCUGGGUAAAGACGGAGGAGGAGGACAUAGUAGGAUCUACACCAAUACAGUAGUACCUGAGCAAGUAUUUGAAUUAUUUGUGAAAGGCUGCCGUCAAUUGAAGUCUAUUCAUUGGAACAAAAUUAUUGUACAACCUAAUCAAUUAGACAGCCUAUUCGAAAGCUACAGUAAAAGAAGAAAAGAUAUGAUGCAGCAAUGCAGCAAUAGCAGGAAAGUCGAAUAUGAUCAACCACAAUUACAAAAAGUAGAAGCUUAUGGAUGUUUACAAACCAUGCAGACGAAAAACUUAUUGUAUCUAGAAUUACUCACUUCAUUAACGAUUGGUCAACCACCUGCACAUUAUACCACGACUCAAGUUAUUGCAUCGAUUGGUCAACAAUGUCAGCGCUUAACAAAACUGACAAUUCAAGAAUGCUUUUGUGAUCAAGAAUUAGCUUACCCAGUAGAUAUUAUUUUGACUCAUUGUAAACAGUUAAGAAUACUGUCGAUAAAAGAUACGCAUCUUAUUACCGCUACUUCAACUCCAUCACCAUUGCUAUUAGAGCAUCCUCUAAAAAAACUGUAUCUUAAACGGUCUUCCUUCACAAGCUCUGUUUUUCCCACCAUCGCCAAUCUUUGUCUACGUCUAUCCCAUGUUGAGCUAUUAGGCUGUGUCCAAACUGAUCGUCGAGACCAAAUACGUAUCGCCCUACCUUAUCAAAAUUUAACAACUCUGAAAGUUCAAGGGUUACGCACUAGGCAGUACUAUUCCGGCUGUCGUAUUCGAUUUUUUCAUAUUGUGGAUCAUAGUAUUCCUACGGAACAACAGCAUCAUUGGCAUUAUAUGACUCGUUAUGAUGUUCGGAAUCAUCCUGUAGGACACAAACUUUGUUUCCAAAAAUACCGCCACAUGGAAUACGCUCAGCAAUUCGAUCCACUUUAUACAACAAUUGAACAACACGACACUGAUGAUAAAACUCUAACCUCAAUACAGAGAAGAAAGAGUAGCUGCAUUAUUCAAGAGUUAAUUGAAUCUUUGGCGAUAAAAAAUGACCAUACUGCCACUGCCACUGAGCAGCAAGAGCAACAGAUACAAGCGGAUGGUAUUAGUGACAAAAGACUGAAAGCUUGGGAUAUCCAGCAAUUAGUGAAAAAGACAGCUCAGUAUGCGGCAACAAUGAAGCUUGAAGACUGGGAACCAGAAAGUAUUUAUUAUAGCGGCUUUGCGCAUUUAGAAUAUGCAUCUGUUAAAGAUCUAUAUAUUAAUCAAAAGAAGUUGAUCCUAGACAAACAAUGAAUAAAAGUAAACUUGACAUGUUUCAAUACGUUACAGAAGGC